AUGCUCCCCUCACUCCUUUCUAUCUUCCGCCGCGACUGCGAUGGCGACGAGACUAUGUCGAGCUGCACUAAGCCAACCAGCUCCGCUGUGACUAUCGGCAUUCCCGCCGCCAUCACAGGAGUUCUCCUAGCAAUCGCCGGUAUCGUUCUGGUAGUCCUUUAUCGCAAGCGCAUGAACCGCGACAACCGUGAGGAUCUAGAAGAUCGCCAACGUGAGGACGGCUUCUAUGCUCACUAUGCGACCCAGCGCUUCGGCACUGAGGGAGCAGCACCAUCGACUGGACGUACCAAUCAUUCCCACUCACGACGCACCUCAGGCGACUCGAUCUAUGAUUUCAAGCAGGAUCACGGCCCCUAUCACCUUGCUCAGUUGCCCAGUAAUGAGCCCCAGGCGCCAAAGCCUGUGGCUUCUCGGGUCAUUGUGUAA